UACCUCAUCAUCACUUGUUUGUCUUGUUUCAGUCACCACGAUCACGUUUGCUUCCGCAAGUGUCCCCCGGGCACCGUGUCCACCCUGGCCAGGCCUUUGUGGAUCAUUUAGUUGCUUUGAUGUGUAAGCCAGUUUCUCUGUUCCCGCCAUAGGCCGGCCGCCGCCCCGAACACCGGUGCAGUCUGGCUGGGUGGUGGUGGGCCAGGACCAAGACAGACUGGCUGGAGGCUACCAGGCAGACCAGUCCUUCCGUGGGUCUGUGACUAGACUCCGUAUUUGGAGUCGCCGGCUGCUCCCUCAGGAUAUAAUCGCCGUGGCUAAGUGCGAGUCCUCGCAGGACUAUGACGCCAUGUUUAUGUGGCCGUCACCCAGAGUCUGGACACUAAACCACACAGCGCAGAUACUGCAGGUCCCGCGCCUGGACAUUUGUCGCCCUAAGGGGCCUUUCCUCACGCUACUCUCUGCCAAAAUGUCGCUCAGGUUGGCGCAGCGCCUGUGCACUGCCGCAGCUUCUGAUGUUGUCAUUCCUACCUCGCAAAACGAGACUGAGACCAUCCUCAGCCUGACGUUGGAGGCCGGCAGCUCCUGCAGUGGUAGACCCAACGAGCCGCUGAUGUGGCUGGGCGCGUCUGAUGAGGACACGGAGGGUCGCUGGGUGGACGAGGAGGGUCGCCUUCUGUCUUACGAGAACUGGAUGGAAGGCCAGCCUAACGGCAUGACGCUGGAGAACAGAGCCGUGAUGACCAACGCAGGAACGUGGAUGGACCUGCACACUCGUAACUACCAGUAUUGCGCCGUGUGCAGCACCAAGAACGGCCGCCCACUGUUGCUGAGGGUGAGGGGGUUGUGCUCCAGCCUGCAGCACGACACUCGCUACAUUCAGGAGGGACAUGUACUGGCCAAGCCUUUCUUCAGGGGCUUCACUGUCUCCAAUAUAUCUUGGAGCGGAACCAAGUGGCUGGCACAGCACAAGGACAGCCCCGAGGUGGUGCUUUCCUUCACGCCGGAAGACCCACGGGAGCUGCCCCUAGGAAGGAAGACGUGGAUGGUGGCUGGGAAAAGCGACUGUGGGGACGAGAGCGGCCGUCUGGUACUCGCCCUCACCACCUGCGCGCCAGGACACUUCACUUGCGACGACGGCUCCUGCAUCCCUGCCAACAUGAGAUGCGACUUUCAGUCUGACUGUAAAGAUGAGAGUGACGAGACGGAAUGCGAGACAGUCACACUCCCGCCCGCAUACAAGUCCAACAUCCCGCCACGCCCAGCAUCCCCCACGCCCGACGCCGCCGCCCACCCGAUCUCCCUCCACAUCAACGUGCUCAGUCUGGAGAUAGUGACAGGCAAGAUGGAGAUUGUAAUGGACUUCACCGCCACGCUCAGAUGGACGGACCCGCGCCUCGUGUUCCGGGACCUGAAGCACGACCAGGCGACCAAUGCCCUGCAGCUCCCCGCCCUCAGGAGUCUGUGGGUGCCGCAGGUGAGGGUGUGCAAGGGCGUCACCGGGUAAAACAGACGAGAAAGAUAGUCGAUGGUUUACGUGUUAUUAUUUGUUUUCGUUUGAUUAGUCGAUGGUUUACUUGUUCUUAUUCUUUAUUUUGCUGAUUAUGUUCGUUUGUUUACUAAUAUGUCUGUUUACUAUAUUUAUUUGUUGUUUUUGUCUUUGCGCAAGGGUGUCGCCAGCUGAG